GUUCGCCUGCUUGUUUCAAGUUUUUGACUCAACCUUUUCGGUCGUUACAACGAUGUCUAACCAGCAAGGUCUUGUGUAUUUAAUUACCGGUGGUUGCGGUUUUCUCGGACAGCAUCUGCUGAAGCUUUUGUUAGAGAAGGAAGAGAAACUGGCGGAGGUCCGAGUGUUCGAUAAACACAUCAAUUCAGAUUUAAAUGGAUUCAACACAGAGCGGAAAAAGGUUUCUGUCAUUCAGGGAGACAUCACGGAUUACAGCAGUGUUUUGGAAGCCACCCGUGGGGCAGAUGUCGUUAUUCAUACAGCCAGCUUGGUGGAUGUUUGGCACAAAGUUCCGGAGACCCUCAUUUACUCUGUCAACGUUACAGGAACAGAAAACGUGAUCAAUGCCUGUGUGGAGUGUGGUAUCGAGUGCCUGGUCUACACCAGCAGUAUGGAAGUGAUUGGUCCUAACAUGAACGGAGACCAUUUUAAGAGAGGCAAUGAAGACACAUCUUACCUAGUAAAACACACGAUGGCCUAUCCCAAGAGUAAAGCCAAAGCAGAGGAAAUUGUGCUUGAAGCUAAUGGCACCAAGGUAAAGGGAGGGAAGUGUUUAUACACCUGCUCACUGAGGCCGACCGGGAUCUACGGCGAGGGACAUCAGCUGAUCAAAGACUUCUACCAACUGGGUGUUCAAAGGGGAGGCUUGAUUAUUGGGGGCAUCCCAGACCACAUUGAACAUGGGCGAGUCUAUGCAGGCAACGUGGCCUGGAUGCAUGUGCUGGCAGCUCGAGCCCUGAGAGAGCGACCUCACAAAGUCGGGGGUGAAGCUUUCUUCUGCUACGAUGAGUCACCCUACAAAAGUUACGAGGAUUUCAAUAUGACGUUGCUCUCUGCAUUCAACUUCAGAAGGGCUCGCAUGCCUGCCUUGGUGCUGUGGUUCCUGGCCAUGUUUAACGACAUCCUUCGCUGGAUAUUGAGCCCUCUGUACAACUAUACACCACUACUGAACAGUUACACCUUGGCUGUAGCCAGCACCACGUUCACAGUGAGCACAGACAAAGCCCAAAGAUAUUUUGAAUAUCGUCCCCUAUAUGACUGGAAUCAGUGUCUAGCCCGUACACAGAAAUGGAUCAGCACAUUCCCUUCAGAAAAGACCAAAGACUCUUGAUCACAUAUCAGAUGCUGCUCACAUAGACAUGUAGGUUCCCACAUACCAAAGUGUAAACGAGUUGCCUUUUGUUUGGUGUGGCAAAGUAAGCUUGAAGAGAAAGCAAUAACAUUCAAAUAGCAAACACACACAUUCAGACACAGUUUAAUUAAACAAGUUAUGAUUCACCUACUUAAAAAGAAUUAAAUAAUUAACUUGCUGGUUUCUUUCAUGGACUAAACUCAUUUCUUGGAGGUCACAGCAGUAACUUUUGCUUGCAAACUCUCCAGAUGUAAAUCUUAUCCCACCAACUAAAGAAUUUAAAAUUCUUAAGCACUUUAUUCCUAAUGUCUUUCUGAAACAAUGUGUGCCGUUCUGUCUGCCGCAUUCAGUAUUUUGUAUAGCAAAGUGUUAAAUAUUGGUUGUGAAAAUGGGGGAAAGCACUAUCAGAUCUAGUGGUGCAUUU